AUGUUCCAAGUCGUGGCGAUGGACCAUAUCCCGUCACUACCGGCAUCGCACAACGGCAAUACGGAGCUCCUGGUCUGGGUAGACGUCUUCAUAGGCAAGCGCGUCUCGAACGGCUCAGACUGUCGCGGAAUCGUACGGGGAAGCCGUCUACAGACGAUUUGGCGCCAGCGAAGCGAUUCGUCACGACCGCGGCCAGGCUUCAUGUCGGAUUUUUUCAGGGCCUUCAACAAGCUGAUGGGCCAGCGGCAACGUGCGACGCUCGCAUACCGUCCGCAAGCAAACGGGGCAGCAGAACGCAUGGUGCAGACCAUUACGAGAGCCAUCAAGAUGUACAUUGCCGUUAUAGAUCAACGUGACUGGGACCAAUACGCUGAACGACUGACGUACGCGCUUAUCACAGCUCACGAUCGAACAAGGAACGAGACCCCGUUUUUUCUCGUGCACGGUUGGGAUCCGCGGUCUACGGUGGAAGCGACGUUAGCCGUGGGGAACACUUCGCAUCGGGACGCAGACGCUCGUCGGUGGAGGAUUCGUAUUCAACGCCACUACCAGAUAGCACGCGCGCAAUCCCUGGAACUG